UGUUACUGGAGGUUUCUCAACGUACAACGAAAGCCGUUGAUUAGUGUUACUAUUGGCCGUCUUUCGGCCUCCAUCCUCCUAACGAAGUCAACCUUUUUGAUUAUUUCGUUAUGAAGUUCCUUUCUAUACUUUUUUUAACGCUGGUCGGCACUGCCGUCUGCAAAGAAGACACUCUCGAUGAGGUGAGCGAGGAGGAGCUGCUGUCACUCCUUCGCAACGAGAAAUAUGUUAUCGUCCUCUUCAGCAAGCAUGGUUGUUCAAAAUGUGAAGAGCUGGAAACCCUUUUAGCCCAUAUGCGUGAAGAUCUGGUCGAGACUCUCAACCCAUGGGUCGUUAAAACUAUGAACUCUAACAUGGUGAAGCUUUACAGCCCAGCCAAGGAGCCAGCUUUAGUCUUCUUCAGACACGGUGUUCCGCUUCUUUACGAUGGUGAAUACAAUGAGGACAUAAUUUUACACACUUUCACUGAAAGCAGAGAACCGCUUGUAAAAGAGUUGUCAGAUAGUAAUUUUGAAAGUCUCACACAGGCUUCAUCUGGUGCUACUACGGGCGAUUGGUUUAUCAUGUUCUAUUCAAAUGACUGCAUAGACUGCCAAAGACUGCAGGCAAGGUGGGAAGCAGUUGCUGGCAAGCUUAAGACAAGACUGAAUGUUGCUAGGAUCAACAGGAAAACUCAAGGAAGGAAAACAUCAAGGCGAUUUGAAAUCAUAGAAGAGCCUACAUUCCUAUUUUUCCGCCUUGGGAAAAUGUAUUAUUACAAUAUUCCAAAAUACGAUGUAGCGUCGUUUGUAGCUUUUGCUUCUGAUUGGUACAAGAAUGCAAAAUCUGUCCGAGUGCCACAUCCAAAAACUCCAUUUGAUGAUUUUACUCAAAUGAUAGCAGAUCUUAUACGGGAAUAUGAAUUAGCUGUCAAAUCUACUGGAAUGGUAGUAGCGCUUUGUGUCCUCGUGCUUGUUGUACUUAAGAAGAAAGGAAAAGAGGAAGAAGAGCCAAAGAAGAGUGAAGAGAAGGCCAAGAGCAAAGAUAGUUCUGAUGAAACCACUAAAAAACUUAAAUAAACUUAAAAUAUAUAUAUAUAAUUUUCUGAGAAAAAAUU